GCAGAGGUGACCUCUGCCUGCUUUGAUGACGUGGUCCAUGUCCUGAAGGGCUGGCUCACCUCAGCCAAAGAAUGGGAGCGGGAGAGAGCCCUGCAGGUUUGCACCCACGUGCUGGGAGCUUGCAAGGAGCGAUUCGAGCUCAUGAGAGGACGUCCUUGCAAGCGGUUCGGCUCCCUGGUGGGAUUGCUGGCGACUCUGACCAGCGACUGCCUGGCCACGUCCCGCCAGAGGGCAUGGGUCUGCCUUGGCUACCUUCUCCAAAUGCAAGCCAGGACCAUGGAGGUGGUGCCUCAGGCAGAUGAGAUCAGGUGCCUUGGUGAGGAGCUGAACAGCCCAGACACCGUGCAGACCUGCGCCAAAAUAGCAAAGGCUGUUUGCAAGUGCAUCCCUCCAGCGCAGGCUACAGACUUUCUGACUGCGGUCCUGCCCAGCUUGCUGCACGUCACACCCACGUGUGUGAAGCCACUAUGGAAGUGGGUGUUCAUCUUCCUGGUGGAAUGCAGGAAAGAAAUAGUCCAGGAGGUGCCAAAAAUCCUGAAGACCCUUUGCACCUACAUGCGGCAGAGCACCCACAGGCCCUUCCUGCUCUGGGCCGUGUUUCUCCUCGCCCACUUUCACCAGGAGCCCGUCAUCAGCAGUCUCCUCCGGAAAGGUCUGCCCAUGGACAGUGACGUGGUGGAGCUGUGGAGGAGCCUGGGGAGAAGCACCAUUGGGAUUCAGGUCCUGAGGUGCUUAGUGGAGAAACUAAACAGAGCACGAAACAACUGCCUGGGGACCAACUCCUCCGCUUGUGAGUGGCACAACCAUGAGACUGCUCUGGAGACUUUGAUGAUCACCCGUGCCAUCUCCGAAGUGGUGCUUGCCCUGAGGAGCACGGAGGAGCUCAGGCAGCUGCUUCCCCACCUCCUUCCCAGCCUCCUGAGGUGGGCCAGUGAAACCCUGGGCGAGGAGCGGCUGCUUUCCCCCCUGGGAGAAGGCGGAAGACAACUGUUCCUCAAGGGCCAGGUGCUUGAGGAGAAGCCGUGCAGGGUUUUCCUUAUGGCUUUAGAGUUGGUGCUAGGCAAAUGCAUGGCAGAGAAGUGGAUGCGGCUGCUCAUGAAUCGGGCAGCGUGGGCUCUCCUUGAAGACCCCCUGACCCAUUCUGAUGGGGUGCGUCUCCUGACCAGCGUCCUGGUCCAUGCUGGGCUUCUAUCACCCUGUCUGAAGCAGACCCUCUUCCCAUGGCUGGAUUCCUGCUCAGUUAAGCUGCGGGUGACAGCUACAGCCUUCUUUGCUGAGCUCUCUUGGGACUGCAGCACAACAAGGACCCGCGAGUGAAGCAGGCACUAGAGGAGUCUCUCCACGAUACCUGUCCCCAGCCAGCACCAAGGAGUUAAUUAAAUAAAGCUCAGC